AUGUCGAGUCUGAUCCCGGCGGGAGAGUCUGUUGUGUCGCGCGAGAUCCACACGUCACGGGCCGCUGACACACUUGCCCUCCGCACUUCGACUCCCGCUGAUUCCCUGGGAGCUUGCUUUUUUCUGCAAACCGCAAUCGAACACUCGACCGCUCGCAAUAUCCUCAAGAGCCAAAGGACCCUCCUGAAGGUUGCUGAACUUGGAACCCGUACUCUCGCAAAGAUGCUCAGAACGCCAUGGGGCCAAGAUGAGGGAGAUUCCGGUGCAGCACAGACUGUACCCACCUUCAGCCGCAAAGCCUCAGUGGGCGCUUCUCCUGGCGGUCGUUCUCAAAUCGUUUUUGGAACCUACCACGAACCGAGCUCCUCGUCUUAUCACUCCAUGACCCACACGCCUCGUGGCGUGUCGCGACAGCAGCACAAUAACAAUACCGCCGAUGACUAUCUCACGCGCAAUGCGGUGGCGAGACAGCAAUCAUUCAGGGAAAACUCCACCGAUGUGUUCAAUCUGAAGCCGUUGAGUGGAGAUGACAGCGCUGGCCAUAGAGCCUCCGCCGAACCUAGGGCUGGAAACAGCGGUGGGUCCCUCAGAUUUCGCACCGAUAGGAACCAAUCGACUCUGUUCCAACCGCAAAGUGAUGCGUACGGUUCACAAUCUUAUGGCACUCCCGUGCGUGAGCAAAAAUCCGCAAGCGACAUCUUUCAUUUGCAAAACGCGCCCCAGCAGCAGUCGCACCAGCAGCAGUCGCACUACCCCCAGGAACCUCCGUCGCCUCGUCAGACUCUCGAAGAUGAUUAUGCCGAUGCGAGACAGGAGCCUGCUCGUCCGGCCAAAACCUUUCUGCAACACAAUGAAUACAACCCGUCGCUGCCGUCGGCUUUGAAGAGGAACCCGUCCAACAGCCUCCUUCAGCCUUCUGACGGUCCCGAUGACUACGUCUACAGAGGUCGCAGGCAUUAUCCUCAGUCGCAGAGGACCUCAAACAUCUUCCAAUCCAACUAG